AUGGAUAAUUCAAAACAAUAUCUUUCAUAUCAAUCUAAUGAAAUUCUUCAUACAAAAAGAAAAAAAACUCGAAGAAAACAAACAUUACGUCGUUUUGGUACUCGAUGUUUACCAUCAUUAGCAACAAAUACAGUUAAAAUGGUUGUUGCAACAUUACAAAUAGGUUCAACAAUGAAUGAAAAUAUUAGUGAAGAUGAAGAACAAGAUGAUGAUGAUGAUGAUGAUGAUGAAAUAUAUUAUAUUGGACAACAAGUUCAAGCACACAUUCCAGAUAUUGUUUUAAAUAAUUUAAAUGAUUUAAUUGAUCAAAAAGGAAAUAUUUUAAUACCUAAUGAACAUAUGUAUAAUAAAACAACAUUAUUAUUUCUUGAUGUAUCUGGUUUUACAUCAUUAACUGAACAAUAUUCAAAUGAUGCACAUUUAGGUAUUGAUCAAUUAACACAUACAUUAAAUUUAUAUUUUGAUAAACUUGUUUCACAAAUUUUAAUAUUUAAUGGUGAUAUAUAUAAAUUUGCUGGUGAUGCUAUACUUGCUUUAUGGACUAAUGAAUUAAAUGGACCAGAACAAGCAUUAAAAUGUGCAUUGUAUUUACAAGAAAAAUGUGGAUCAUAUGAAACAGAUGUUGGAGUUGUAUUACGUCUUAAAAUAGCACUUGCAUAUGGGCCUGUACGUGCAUUAUUUGUUGGUACAGAUGAAUUUAAACAUUAUAUAUUAGCAGGUGAUUGUGUUAAAGAUGUUAAUAUAUGUGAACAAUUAUGUGAACCAGGAGAUAUAAUUAUAACAAAAGCAGUUUAUGAACAAGUUCAAUCAUUAAAAUUAAAUUGUCAAUUUAUAUUGAUUAAAGAUGAUAUUAAUGAAAAAGAUCGACAUAUUGCUGUAAAAUAUUCUGAAUCGAUAGAUAAUAAUCAUGAUCUAACAAAAAUAAAUGAUAAAAUGAAUACUUCAAAUCAAGAAAUAUCAAAUGAUAAUCAUCUAUCUGAUCAUGAUAAUAUUUCAAAUAAUCUAUCAUCUUCCUUAAUAACUGAUUUAAUUCAUGAUGAAUUUUAUAAUAAAAUCAAUAGUUUAAUGACAUCAUUUUUACUUCAUUGUGUAUAUCAACGUAUUGAACGUCAACAAUCAUUAGAUUAUUUAUCUGAAUUACGUCGUGUAACAAUAACAUUUAUUAAUCUUGAUAUAUCAAAUGAACAAUAUACAAAUAAUAAUCUUUGUCAAAAUGUUCAAAAAGUUUUUAUACAAAUAUAUGAAUUAACAAAAAUGAUGGGUGGUGUUUUAACAAAAGCAUUAUUAUUUGAUAAAGGUUGGUCAUUUUUAUGUGUUUUUGGUUUACCUGGUUAUAAACAAGGUGAUGAUACAGCAAAUGCACUUAAAUGUGCAUAUAUGAUACAUUCAACAAUGCAUAAACAAUGUCAAUUUAUUGAUAAAUGUUCAAUUGGUGUGACAACAGGUCUUACUUAUUGUGGUGUUGUUGGACAUAUAGCACGUUGUGAAUAUACAGUUAUUGGUCGAAAAGUAAAUAUGGCUGCACGUUUAAUGUGUAAUUAUUUAAAUAUAAUAUCAUGUGAUCAAGAAACAUAUUAUAAUUCACAUUUAAAUAAUCGAUGUUUUCAAAUAUUACCUGAUAAAAUAUUAAAAGGUAUGCAUAAUGUUGGAAAUAUAUGGCAAUAUAGUGAUUAUUUUGAUGAUAUACAAAUACAAAAUAAUCAAAUAAUUGAACAAGAUAAUAAUAUAAUAAAUGAUAUAAAACAUGAAAAUUAUCCAUUAUUAGGACGAAAAAUUGAAUUAAUGAUUGUUGUUACACAAAUUAUGUUAUUAGAUGAACCUUUAAAUAGUUCAAAUAGACGAAGAGAUCUUGCAGCUAUUAUAUUUGAAGGUUAG